AUGACUUGGGCUGUUGUGGAUGAGGCUAUUGGUGCAACUCAGGGUCUAGAGGAACGUAACUUGCCUAGGGCUGCUGCUACUCGUGCUGCUGUUGCUGCCCCUGUGAGGUGUACUUAUGCUAGGAACAGAAAGCGUCCAAGGGACACAGUGACUCAAGAUAUUGAUGAAGUUGAUGAUGAAGACCAAGAUCAGCAUGUAGAUUCAGCAAUAGCAAUGGAGGAGGAUGAAGAAUCUGCACCAACUGAAACUGGAGAUGGACCAACUGGAGAUGGAGAUGGAGGCUUCACUUUUAAUAUUGAUUUGCUUAAUUAG